AUGACUACUAGCGAUAGCUCCUUACGUGACGACAGGAUCUGGAUCGACGGCUGCUUUGAUUUUGCACAUCAUGGCCACGCUGGCGCCAUGUUGCAAGCUCGUCAAUUGGGAACAGAACUUUUUGUGGGCGUACAUAGUGACGAGGCCAUUGGAUUGAAUAAGGGCCCCGUGGUAAUGAGUUUAAAUGAACGCGUGGCCGCUGUGGAUGCAUGCAAGUGGAGCACUGCAUCUGUGGCCGGAGCCCCCUACGUGACCGACCCCAAAGUUAUGGACGAUUAUGGGUGCCGCUAUGUUGUUCACGGUGAUGAUAUUACGACAGAUGCUGAUGGCAAUGACUGUUAUCAGGUGGUUAAAGAUUGUGGCCGAUUUUUAGUGGUUAAGCGGACUCCCAACAUUUCAACUACUGAUCUUGUUGGCCGUAUGUUGAGCACUUCCACAAGUCACCACAUUGCACCCAUUGUUUCUACGGAAACAACCUCGUUAGGUGAUCUGAAGACUGCCAAUGCUGGCCAUCAUUUGUUUUCAGAUGAUUCGCUUGAGCGGUUCCGAUUGUAUGCUACUGCUGCUGAUGGUAAGAGUGCUGGGGCAGGAGUAUUUGUGUGGCGUGGAGACAACAAAUUGACGCAGGUGAUUGAGCCAUCAUCAGAAAUUGCAUUGAAGCUUCAAAGUGCGGGACAAGUGUACUACGUUGAUGGUGGGUUUGAUUUGUUUUUCAUGGGCCAUAUUGAGUUUCUCAAAGUUGUACAUGCGCGUGCUAAGGCAGCUGGGGCCAUUGUGGUUGUAGGGAUCCAUGACGAUGCUACGGUCAAUAGCACCAAGGGUAAGAGUUAUCCAAUUAUGAAUUUGUUUGAAAGGGCAUUGUGUGUGUUGCAGUGUCGGUAUGUUGACGCUGUAAUUUUGGGUGCUCCAUUUGUUCCCUCUGCUAAGUUUUUAGCAGCAAUUGGUCCAGAAAUCAAGGUGACCAAGGUGCUUCAUGGUCCCACUCCAAUUGAAACUCAGAAUGGUGAGGCUGCAGAUGAUGAGGAAGAUGAUCCUUACAAGGAUGCAAAGGCCGCUGGGAUUUUUGAGCAAGUGGAGAGCCACCCGUAUCAGCGAGUGUCAUCAGCGACGAUUGUGGAGCGGGUGCUGAGUCACCGAGAAGAGUAUGAGGAGCGUCAGCGCAGAAAAGGAUGGAAGGCUGAGAAUGAGAAGAAGUUAGAGGCUGCAGAGAAGGAGUCCAUUGCAGGUGUUGAAGUUUAA